AUGGUAGUUUUCAAACCACGCGGGCUAGUACCUCCAGUGUUUACACCUCUAAAUGAUGACUUAACAGUAAAUUACGCUGCCAUCACACCUUAUGCAGAAUAUUUGGCUGUUAAUGGAAUUAAAGCUGUUUUAGUUGGCGGUACUACUGGCGAGCAUAUGUCUCUAUCUGUCAGCGAAAGAAAGAAAGUAAUAGAGGAAUGGGUAAAAGUUGGCUCCAAAAAUGGCUUACACAUUAUGGCUCAAGUAGGUGGAGCACCAAUGGCGGACGUUUUAGAAUUGGCCAAGUUCUGCGCUUCAUCGAAAGUUGAUUCCCUACUCACGUUACCAGAGCUGUAUUUCAAGCCAAAAUCUGUCACAGAACUAGUGAACUAUGUCGAACUGGUUGCGAAGGCUGCUCCUAAUUUACCAGUUCUCUACUAUCACAUACCGAGCAUGACUAAAGUUGAGAUAAACAUGCCAGCUUUCGUAGCGGAGGCUUCGGAUAGAAUACCAAAUUUCAUGGGCAUCAAAUUCACUUCUAAUGAUUUAAGCGAGGGUGCUCAGGUCUUGAGAACUUUGAAGAAUGGCCAGGAAAUGUUUCUCGGCGCUGACACUUUAUUAGCACCAGCAGCUCUCCUAGGCAUCAAAUCGAGUAUUGGAACGUCCUUUAAUCUAUUCCCGAAGUUGGCUCAAAGUAUUCUGGAUGCGAUUACUAAAGAUGAUGUGGACAAGGCCAACAAGCUUCAAGAGAGGCUCAGUCUGGCUAUAGAGGCUCAUCUACCAGAAGGUGAUUGGUUACCCAUAAUGAAAGCCGGCAUGGAAAUUACUACUGGAUUAAACAUGGGCCCGCCCGCCCUUCCUCAGAGACCAAUAUCUUCGGAGGCGAAGAAACGAAUUAUUUCUAGACUUAAAGCUUCUGGAAUUGCGUAA